CAGAGAGAACAAGAAGAGAGCCGCUGUGGACGGAGGCAGAAAUGGAGCGGUUCUGGGGCGUCCUGGAGCCGCACGUACGGUGGCUGUCUGCCGGGGAGGCGGCCGUCCCCGUCUGUACGAUAGAACUGGUGGACCCGGGCAGGGGGCUGAGCCCGUGCGACCUGAGGUUCUGUAUGUGGGACAUACAGGAGCUGAUCUGGGACGGAAGGUACAGUCAGGCGCUGGCCGGGCUCAGAAGGGUCCGGGAACUCGCGAACACGUCGUGGGAAGGUCAGAAAGGCGACAGCGUGAUGUUCCUGUCUGAAGAAAAGGACGAAGUGGAACUGUUUAAGGAACUGUUCAUGAAGUUUGAACCAGUCAGAAAACGACAGAUGAACAAUUUCAAGCAAGUCACCUUAUGACCUUGUACAUGAUGAUGACGUAGGACUACAGCCUAGCAACGUCUGGUGACAAGUUACCCAUUGCGCCAUGGAGAAGAACUACGCUUGAAGUACAUGAAAGGAAGAAUAUACAUUUGUACAAACUGAAGACGUAUGAAUAUGCCAGACGAAUACCUUACAUCUGCUUGCUUUGUGCCAGUCCGGACACAAAGGCCACACGUAAAAGUGCAAACGU